UGAUAACUCAAGAGGGCUUACGCCUAGGAUCAUGAAACUUCAUAGGUACAUUGAUAAUGACUGGCAGAUGACCCCUAUUGAUUUUCAGGUCACUAGGUCAAAGGUCAAGGUCACAAUGACUCGAAAUAAUAAAAUGGUUUCCAGAUGAUUACUCAAGAAUGCUUACGCCUUGGAUCAUGAAACUUCAUAGGUAUAUUGAUCAUGACUGUCAGAUGACCCCUCUUAAUUUUCAGGUCACUAGGUCAAAGGUCAAGGCCACAGUGACUCGAAACAGUAAAAUGGUUUCCUGAUGAUAACUCAAGAAUAAUUAGGCCUAGGAUCAUGAAAAUUCAGAGGUACAUUGAUCAUGACUGGCAAAUGUCCCCUAUUGAUUUUCAUGUCACUAGAUCAAAGGUCAAGUUCACAGUGCCCCAAAAGUAUUCACACAAUGGCUGCCACUACAACUGACAGCCCAUAUGAGGGGCAUGCAUGUUUUACAAACAGCCCUUGUUCAAAACUGAACCUGUAGCCGAGCGCACCCGUUAUGUGGUGCUCUUGUUUAUUCCAGACAUGAAUUUUCUUCUUGGAAACCGUGGAGCUCACAUUUAUAAUGGAAACAUCUAUUGGUGCAGAACAUGUUUCAAAGAAUUUACUACAGAAAAGGGACUUUCCAAACAUACAUGUCCCCGAUGUGAAACGUGUAAUAUUAUCUGUUCCUCUACCCAACGACUGAAGACACAUGUUUGUAAAGGCCAGUUUUCAUGUAAUUUUUGUAAAAGAACAUUUUCAACAGAGCAUCUUUUAGAAAAGCACAAAUGUACAUUCUGCAAAAAUUGUAAGCUGCUAUAUAGCACUAACCAAAAACUUUUAUCACACAAAUGUAACAAUGAUUCCGGUGUUCACCUCAGAGCAGUAAAUAAUGAAGAAAUUAAUGAAUUCCAAAUAAGAACAUUUUCACCUAUUGAUUUUGAGUGGCAGUCAUCCUUUUGCUCACAACUUAAAUUGCAACUUUUAAAACAAUCUACUACAGCUGCAAGGAGCUUGCUCAUGCUUCGUGAUACAGAACCACUGGCAACAGAAAGUAUUAUUGGGGAUGGAAACUGUUUCUUCCGUUCACUGUCCUACAUUAUAACGGGUAGUGAGAGCCAGCACUUCCAGGUGAGAAAGGCAGUUUGUGCUCACAUGCAUGUCAUCCCCAUACAAAAAGUUAUGCAUUCCCCUUGCCAAAUUCAUGAGUACCUAAUGACAUCAAAAAUGGAACAAAUUGGUCAGUGGGCAACAGAAGUGGAAAUAUUUGCUGCAGCAAAUCUGUUACAAUCAAAUAUAUAUAUGUACACUAAAGUUGGUGUAAAUUGGAAAUGGGCAGAAUUUAAGCAUGACUAUUUACAAAGAACGUCUGUAGGAUUGCCAAAUGUAGCUAUAUAUAUAAAACAUAGAAAUACAAAUCAUUUUGAGCCUGUGAUGAGUGUUCAACAAAACAGUUUAAGUCUUACAGGAACAGACCUACUACAAAAAGAAAUUCUACGUCAGCUUCAAUUGUCCGAAGCAAAGGCUAAAAACUCAAGCAAUUCAGCUGUGGUGAGAGAAAAAGAUAGAGAACGAAAGCAAAAGAAAAGACAAUCAGCUGAGUAUAAACAAACAGAAAAUAUAAGAAAGAAAAAUUCUUCUGAAAACAGAGAGCAUGAAAAAAUACAUAAGCGAGUCAAAAGACAGUCAGAUGAGUACAAAAAGAGUGAAAGUACAAGAAAAAAAAAUUCUUCUAACAACAGAGAGCAUGAAAAAAUACAAAUGCGAGUCAAAAGACAGUCAGAUGAGUACAAAAAGAGUGAAAGUACAAGAAAAAGAAAUUCUUCUAAAAACAGAGAGCAUGAAAAAAUACAAAUGCGAGUCAAAAGACAGUCAGAUGAGUACAAAAAGAGAGAAAGUACAAGAAAAAGAAAUUCUUCUAAAAACAGAGAGCAUGAAAAAAUACAAAUGCGAGUCAAAAGACAGUCAGAUGAGUACAAAAAGAGAGAAAGUACAAGAAAAAGAAAUUCUUCUAAAAACAGAGAGCAUGAAAAAAUACAAAUGCGAGUCAAAAGACAGUCAGAUGAGUACAAAAAGAGAGAAAGUACAAGAAAAAGAAAUUCUUCUAAAAACAGAGAGCAUGAAAAAAUACAAAUGCGAGUCAAAAGACAGUCAGAUGAGUACAAAAAGAGAGAAAGUACAAGAAAAAGAAAUUCUUCUAAAAACAGAGAGCAUGAAAAAAUACAAAUGCGAGUCAAAAGACAGUCAGAUGAGUACAAAAAGAGUGAAAGUACAAGAAAAAGAAAUUCUUCUGAAAACAGAGAGCAUGAAAAAAUAAAUAAGAAAAGACAACGAGUUGAUGCUAAUUUCAAAGAACAAGAGACAAAAAGGAAGAAGUACAAUAUGGAAAAAAACAUGAUCAAUAAUUUUCACAAAAAAGUACGGAGUGGUCCAAACUUUAUAUGCACCAUUUGUGAUCAACUCUGGUAUAAAAAUAAUGUUACCUCACUAUCAACAGUGAAAAAAGGAAAUGACAUUUUAAAAGAUAGUUGUUUAAUGGAAAUCAAAAGUUCAAAUGGAAAAGUGUACAUUUGUUCAACAUGUAAAUCCCAUGUAUCCAAUAAUAGAAUACCUCCUCUAUCUAGACAAAAUGGUGUUUUUUUUGAAAAUCUACCGCAAGAAUUAGACUUAACACAACUGGAAGAGAGAUUGGUAGCAGCAAGAAUUCCGUUUAUGCAGAUGAGAGAGCUACCAAGAGGGGGCCAAGUAAGCAUAACAGGAAAUGUUGUCAAUGUGCCAACUGAUGUCAAUAAAACAGCAAGAAUUUUACCACGAAGACAGUGUGAUGAUGAGUGCAUUCCAAUAAAACUGAAAAGGAGACUUGGCUAUAAACAGCACUACCUUUAUGAAUAUGUGCGACCAAACAAAGUUAUAGGUGCAAUCAAGUGGCUCACAGAGCACAGUAUUUUGUAUCAGCAAGAAGGUAUCAUUAUUGAUGAAGAGUGGGAGCAACACCUAAAGUCUGGUACAGAUGUGAACCCUAUUGAACUUGUGGAGACUGGCACUAUGGAAUACUCAGUGAAACAUCAUAAAACUGAUUCGGAUUUAAGCCUUGAGGAACAACAAAGCAAUGAUGAUUUGGAAUAUGAAAGGUUGGAAGGUGUUUUUGAUAAAGAUCCAUUAGAUGGGGCCAGUGCAGGUCCUUUGGAUACUCUACUGCAAGCACAAAAUAUAAUGGAAGAAACCAGAGACAUUUUGUCAGUUGCACCAGGUGAAGGAAGUAGCCCAUUAAGCAUUUUUUUAGACAAACAUGCAGAAUCAUUAUCUUUUCCUUCUCUAUAUUGCGGCAAAGAAAUGAAAAGUGAAAAUGAUUAUGAUGUAAAAGUUCAUUAUACUGAUUUAUGUAAAUCUGAACUCCGACGCACUGAUAGAAGAGUUGCGGGACAUAUUCCAAAUCUUUUUUUCAAAUUGAAAAAAGUCCAGAUGAAACAUAUUUUAGACAAGGCCAAUAUCUGUCUUCGAAAAACAUGUGGAAAGCAGCAAAACCUUACUGCUGGAUUCCUGAAAUCUAGAGAUAACUUAAACACAAUAAUUCACACUGACUUAGGCUUCCGAGUGUUCAAAGAACUUCGUGGAUCACCACCUUAUUGGGAAAAGGUAAAGAAAGACCUCUUUGCGUUGAUACGAUAUCUUGGCAUACCAACAUGGUUUGCAUCUUUUUCAUCAGCAGAUACCCGAUGGACACACUUAUUGCAAAUACUAGGGGAAACAGUUGACAAAAAGAAGUAUUCCAAAGAAGAAGUCCAUCAAUUUUCAUGGUUUAAGAAACAAGAGCUGGUGAAAAAAGAUCCUGUGACAUGUGCACGACAUUUUGAUUACCAGGUUAGAACAUUCAUCAACACUGUCCUCAACAACUCUUCACACCCAGUAGGUGAAAUACAAGAUUUCUUUUACAAAGUGGAAUUCCAGAUGCGAGGCUCCCCACAUAUUCAUAUGCUUGUGUGGGUGAAGGAUGCUCCAAAGUAUGAAGAAAAUAAAGAAGAAGAUGUUUUACAUUUCAUCCGCAAAUAUGUCACUUGUGCGAAAUCAGAAGAGCUUGUGGACCUCAUUAACUUACAAACACAUUCACAUUCUAGGACCUGUAAGAAAAACAACAAACCAAUAUGCCGCUUUAAUUUUCCUUUGCCGCCAAUGGAUGAGACAAUUAUUCUCCAGCCUCUGCAGUGUGAAGUAGGUGAAGAUGAACAAAAGCAUAAACACAGUUGGGAUAAGAUCAGCGAAUUCCUUCAUAAACCCAAACCAGAAGAUCAUGACCUAGACUUCAACCAAUUCCUAACCCUCCUGAACAUGAAUAAGGAAGAUUAUUUGAAAGCAGUGAGAUCUUCAUUAUCUUCACCAAGAGUGUUUUUGAAAAGGUCAUUAUCAGAAACAAGAAUAAACAACUACAACCCUAUUCUCCUCAAAUGUUGGCGUGCAAAUAUGGAUUUACAGUAUGUUAUAGAUGCAUACUCCUGCGCCAUGUACAUAAUUAGCUAUAUAGCAAAAAGUCAGAGAGGAAUGAGCAAUCUACUAUACCAUGCUGCAAAAGAAGCAAGAGAGGGAAAUAAUGACAUCAGGCAACAGGUUAAGUUCAUUGGCAACAAGUUUUUGAACAAUGUAGAAAUUUCUGCACAAGAAGCAGUAUUCACCUUGCUGCAAAUACCAUUGUACAAAGCAACAAGAGAUGUGAUUUUCAUAAACACCAGUCCUGUAGAAAAAAGAACAGUGAUGUUAAAAGACUUCAGUACCAUUGAAAAUUUGCCAGAUGAUAGUGAUGAUGUCAUUGCAGAAGGCAUUCUACAACAAUACAGUAGAAGACCACCCCAGUUGGACACACUUUGCCUAGCUGAUUAUGUUUCAAAAUAUAAAAGAAUCAGACAGACAAGUGCUACAAAGAGGAAACAGACUUUUAUGGAUUACAAUUCUGAUGAAAACGAUCAGCCAUAUGAUGAAAACUGCAAACAAUUUUAUGAACUAGGCAAUGGUUACAAGCUUGUAAGAAGACAAAAACAAGUAUGUAUCCGUUAUGUUAGGUUUCAUCCUGAUAAAGAUUCUGAGAACUAUUACAGAGAAUCAUUAAUGUUAUUUUAUCCAUGGAGAUGCGAAGAUGAAUUAAUUGGUCUUUCUCAGUCAUACUGUGAACAAUUUCAGGUACUGACUAAUAUCAAUGACACUAUUACUGAGAAAAUAAAAGAAUACAAUCACAAGACAAAGGAAAUCGAUGAGGCAGUGGAAAAGCUUCAAGAAAUAGAUGAAGAUGUACUACAAGAACAAUGGAACCAAGUAGCUCCAAAUACACAGCAUGUUGAGGAGGAAUGUGCACUUCUUGAAGUUGAUCCAUUGUUUGCUUCACUAGAUCCAGAGGACAGUUCACCAGAAGCAGUAGAGUUGAAUGUUGGGUUAGGAGUACAAGGUACAGCAACAAAGGAAUCAUGUGUUAUAAACAUGGUAACUGAUGAUAAAUAUACUCAGUUGAUCCGAUCACUUAAUACACAACAGAGGAUUUUCUUUUAUUAUGUACUUCAUAAGGUUAAGAACUCAGACACCCCAUUCUUUACCUUCUUAACAGGUGGGGCAGGUGUUGGAAAAACAGCCUUGACCCAUGCAGUUUACCAGAUGUUGUUGCGCUACUUGAAUAAAGAACCUGGUGCAAACCCAGAUGACUUAAAAGUUUUACUAGGAGCACCAACAGGAAAGGCAGCCUUUUUAAUAGGUGGCAAUACACUACAUCAUAUUUUUCAGAUUCCUGCCUCACAAGGAUUUCAGUAUAAAAAAUUGUCAAAUGAAAAGCGCAAUUCAUUAAGAUGUAGUUUUAAAUCUGUCCGUGUACUUAUUAUAGAUGAGUGCUCUAUGGUUGGAAAUAACAUGUUUAAUUUUAUUAAUCUGAGAUUGCAGGAGAUUAUGGGAAACAUUAAGGAUUUUGGAGGCUUAUCUGUCAUUGCGGUUGGUGAUUUUUACCAAUUGAAACCUGUGUUUGAUGACUGGAUCUUCAACAAUCUAAAAGAUGACUAUGGACCACUUGCAAGAAAUCUAUGGAAGGAUUUGUUUGAAGUAUUUUGUCUGACACAAAUCAUGAGACAAAAAGAUGAUGCUCCUUAUGCGGAGUUACUCAACCGCUUGCGCACAGGAGAUCAUAACAAUGAAGACAUAAGCAUUCUGAAAACUAGAGUUAUCGGAACCUCCUACUUGACAAAUGAAUAUCCAACAAACACAACACAUAUUUUUAUGACCAAUGAAAAAGUUGAUGCACACAAUGACUUAGUUUAUACACUAGCAAGUCAGACUGAUAAGAUUCGCCUCACUGCCUGGGAUGUUGUUAUAGGAGAUGUUGCAGAAAAUGUCAAAGAUGAAAUAAUACAGAAAAUACCAAAUAAACUUUCAAAAACAAUGGGACUCUCCAAAACCCUUAGCAUAUCACUGCAGUCAAGAGUAGAAUUAUCUACCAAUGUGGAUGUUGAUGAUGGAUUAGCCAAUGGUGCAUCUGGUCAAGUGAUGGGAUUAACACACUCAAAAAUAUCUCAUAAGGGUAUAAUUGUGUGGGUGAAAUUUGAGAAUGACAAAAUUGGAAUAAAAACUAGACAAUCACACUUACACCUCUAUACACAGAAAAUUCCUAAUUCUUGGACUCCAGUUGAAGAAAUUAAAAGACAAUUUCCAGUGGGCAAAUAUAGAAAUGCGGAGGUACUCAGGACUCAGAUCCCUCUGAGACCAGCUUCAGCAAAAACUGCACACAGAUGUCAAGGAGACACUAUGGAGGCAGCAGUUGUAGAUUUUGAAGGAAGAUCAAGAUGUCAUUGUCACUAUGUAGCCUUGAGCAGAGUGAAGUCAUUGAAUCAAGUCUUCAUCCGCACUUUAAAUGAAGGGAAGAUAUGUGUUAGCUCAUCAGUUAAAGAUGAAAUGAACAGACUUUUUCUUGAAAAGAAAUUGUGUCAUUCAUUAAUUUUCCCAACAAAUAUUGAUGAAAAAAAUAUUACUGUCAUGUUUCACAAUGCAAGGUCUCUGCAUGCUCAUUUUCUGGAUAUAGAGCUAGAUCCUAAUUUUAAUUCAGCAGAUGUGAAUAUUUUCGUAGAAACAAAACUGUCUAAAAAAGACAACAUAGAAGACUACAUGCUUACCGGCUACCAUUUAAAGCGCUUUGACUGUUCUUUGAGUGAAUUUGACUCUACAAGAUCUCCAUAUGGAAUUGCUGUAUAUUACAAACAUUGUGCAUACAAAAUCAGGAAUCACAUGAAAAUUAUUCCUUCUCAAGGAGUUAUUGAGUCAGUAACUAUCAAUUUGAAUCCUUAUAACAUUAAUGUUGUAUGUUUAUAUGUGUCACCAAAAAUAUCAAGAUGUGAAACAAAUUAUUUCCUCCAAGAUUUGCUGUCACCUUUAUCAUCAAGUUCUAUAAUCAUUCUGGGAGAUUUCAAUAUUGACCUUAAAUCAAAUACACCAUUGGAGACACUCUCUGGCUUCCAUCAGUACAUCACGACACCUACUACAGACUAUAAGUCUAUACUUGAUCAUAUAUAUUCAAAUCUGGAUGACAGGAUCUUGAUGACCGGUGUUUUUGACAGCUAUUUUUCUGACCACAAACCAAUAUGGGCAUCUUUCAGUCCAGUUGACAUCUAAUGAAAAACCCCACUGCACCUGGCAGUGAUUACAAACCAACCAAAGGCAGAUGACCUUUUGAUUCAUGCGAGGGCAGACACUGCCCUAGUGGACCAUGUAGGCGUCAAACCAGCCCACCUUUUAGUGCUCUACAAUAGAAUCGAUUGCCUGAACAACCUGCUCCGGUACUUUAGGCCAACAACAUGAAACCCACAGAAGCUUUUCCCGAACUGAAUGUCGGGUGCUAUA